UUUCUUCUGCGCACUGCGCUGUCUAUAUAGUGCCCAUGCAGUCUCUUUCCCCAGCAACAAAACAACCGUGAGUGUAACUCACCGUUCUUUAACAACUUUAAAAAUAUAAAAAAACAUCAAAUUCAUAAAAUUAAAAAAAUAAGUAGCUGUCGUAAUCUAAAACAUAUUUUAAAUCGCAAAACAUUAUUUGGGGGGUUAAUAAUUUGGGGGCCUCGGGCUUAAACCGACGUUUAGGACAAAUCGAUUUUUCAGGAGAAUACGCCGAAAUUCCAUUCUGUUUUAGCUCUCUUUUCUUUUCUCGUCAGCGAGUCGUGGAAUACUUUUAGGUCAAGUCACAUUUUGGUGGAAAGAGCGUCUUAGGCUCAUUACGCACAGAUUCUGCCCCGGUGAACAAUUCUUAACAAUUGUCGUGGCUAACGCGAGGGAAUAAUUCAUACAUUUUGUGCACUUCAAGAAAUGAACACAGCGAAUGAGGGGAGUUAUCCAAUGGCUUCUCUAUAUGUUGGCGACCUGCACCCUGAUAUCACUGAAGCUAUGCUGUAUGAGAAAUUCAGCCCAGCUGGACCAGUGCUGUCUAUUCGAGUAUGUCGUGAUAUGAUCACCCGACGCUCUCUGGGUUAUGCCUAUGUGAAUUUCUCGCAACCCACGGACGCCGAGAGAGCCCUGGACACCAUGAACUUUGAUAUGGUGAAAGGGAAGCCAAUCAGAAUCAUGUGGUCACAGCGAGAUCCCUCACUCAGGAAGUCUGGGGUGGGCAACGUGUUCAUCAAGAACCUGGACAAGACCAUUGAUAACAAGGCCCUCUAUGACACCUUCUCUGCCUUUGGGAACAUCCUGUCUUGCAAAGUUGUAUGUGAUGAGAAUGGAUCCAAGGGAUACGCGUUUGUGCACUUUGAAACGCAGGAAGCAGCCGACCGCGCCAUCGAGAAGAUGAACGGCAUGCUUCUGAACGAUCGCAAGGUGUUCGUUGGACGAUUCAAGUCUCGGAAGGAGAGGGAGGCAGAACUGGGGGCCAAAGCAAAGGAGUUCACCAACGUCUACAUCAAGAACUUUGGAGACGACAUGAAUGAUGACAAGCUAAAGGAAAUGUUUGACCAAUACGGUAAAACUCUCAGUGUGAGGGUUAUGGCUGACCCCAGUGGCAAAUCCAGAGGUUUUGGCUUUGUGAGUUACGAGAAACACGAGGACGCUAACAAGGCAUGUGAGGAGAUGAACGGUCUAGAGUUCAACGGGAAGACCGUCUUCGUGGGGCGUGCUCAGAAGAAGAUGGAACGGCAGGCAGAGCUAAGGAGAAAGUUCGAGAUGUUGAAACAGGAGAGGAUCAGCCGUUACCAGGGCGUUAACCUUUACAUUAAAAACUUGGACGACACCAUUGACGACGAGAAACUGCGAAAGGAGUUUACACCAUUCGGGUCCAUCACCAGUGCCAAGGUGAUGUUGGAGGAGGGGCGGUCCAAGGGCUUUGGGUUUGUCUGCUUCUCCUCUCCUGAGGAGGCCACCAAGGCUGUGACUGAGAUGAAUGGGCGCAUCGUGGGCUCCAAGCCAAUCUACGUGGCCUUGGCUCAGCGCAAAGAAGAGCGCAAAGCCCACCUCACUAACCAGUAUGUGCAGCGCAUCGCUGGCAUGAGGGCCAUGCCAGCCAACGCCAUCAUCAACCAGUUCCAGCCCGCCAGCGGAUACUUCAUGCCUGCAGUGCCACAGGCCCAGAACAGGACCACCUACUAUGCACCCAAUCAGCUGGCCCAGAUGAGGCACAACCCCCGCUGGCAGCAGCAGGGUGGCAGAGGCCAAGGUGGGUUCCAGGGAAUGCCCAACUCCCUGCGCCAGCCUGGUCCACGUGCCAACCCGAGACACCUGACUCCCAAUGCCAGCGCCCAGGGCCCCCGAAGCAUGGGCCCUUCUGGAGCUCAGAGAAUUGGAAUUGCUGGCCAGGCCAUGGGUCCUCAUCCCUCCAUGGGAGUCCCCGCCCCUCGGGCCAUGACGUCCUACAAGUACACCACAAACGUACGCAACACUAACCCCCAGGUGGUGCACCCUAUCGCCUCACAGCAGUCUCAACUAGCUGUAGAUGUGCAGGGUCAGGAGCCUCUCACAGCCUCUGUGCUGGCUGCUGCACCGCCUCAGGAGCAGAAGCAGAUGCUUGGGGAGCGCCUGUUCCCCCUGAUCCAGCCCAUGCACCCCAGCUUGGCAGGGAAGAUCACUGGAAUGCUGCUUGAGAUCGACAACUCUGAGCUGCUGCACAUGCUGGAGUCCAACGAAUCCUUGCGCUCCAAGGUGGAGGAGGCUGUUGCCGUGCUCCAGGCCCACCAGGCAAAGAAGGAUGCCACACAGAAAGUGGGAGUCAUCACUACAACCGCUGCUGCCACUACCUCCUGAUGUGUAAAGACCGCUUACUAAAUGUUUAAAAAUAAUAAUAAUAUUUCUCAUCCUAUGUUUGUUUUGCUUUUUUUUUACACAGGCAACUGGGAAAAGACGGUUAGAGAUUACUACAUUGGUCGCAAAUGCCUGGGUCUUCUACAAAAUCCUAUGCAAAAAAUGUAUUAAAAAAAGGUUAUAAAGAAUACAUUUUAACGUACUUGAGCAUUAAUAAACCAAAUAUUACACUACUUAAUUUUUCUAGUUGUGUAACAAUUUUAAACUUGACCAAAAGUAAUGGACUUCUUCUAAGUCCCUUUAUUUUGUGGCCAGGACAGAACCUUUUUCUAUAAGGAAAAUGAGCUUUGCUCUUAGUUCUUUGUUUGAAAGUUUUGUUUAAUGAUUUGAAAAAUUGGAUUCCUCUAUCCCAUCAUGUUAUCAUGGGUGGUUUGGUAUGUUAUUCUCAAUAAAGGGAUUAAUAUAUCAAGUUUA